GCAAGCCAAUCACAGCACAAUCACAGCGCUUGAAACUAGAAAGCCUCUAAGCAGAGAGGAUCCUGAAUGGCUGUAUCGACCAAAAUUGCAAGUGAUGGGGAAUUUUUCGAGAUAUCUAGAGUCUUUCUCUUUUUCUCGUCGUACUUGUAAGUUGUAACAAUUGCUGGCGUUCACCGCGCAGCGGCGACACCGUGCGCGCGAACACUGUGAGCGAAGGCGUUUGCGUCGCGCAGAUAGAAACGACGUGCUAAAUGGUUAAUCGCUUCGGUCGAGCUAGGCUUUUAUGAGCGAGCCAGAAUCCAAUCGAAAGAAAACACAUGAGACAUGAUGCGAUCGACCGAUAGAAUCAUAAAAAUAUGAUCGUUUGAACUCCGUACGAACGCAAUAGAGAUAAAUUUCUGGCCAGAGACAUCGAUCGUCCACUAAUUACGUGCUGGAGCUUGUUCGCGCGAGGAAGAAAACGACGUAACCGUUACGCAUUCUCAUCCGCCUUUACGUGUUGGUUUCGGACCUGAUGCGAACAACACCGAGGCUCGCCGCGACGUUCCAGGACAUACAUCGCACUAGGUGACAUGCCUAGCACUCGUGAUAUCGAACGAGCUGAACGUAAUGGAAGAUUCCGUUCACGAAGAAGAGGUAGUGCGAGCAGUGACGUGAAUCGACACAGCUUUGAUGGUACCGACAAGCGACACAGAAGACAUGGCAAAAGCAAGAAUUCUGGAAAAAAGAAGAAGAAACGUUCGCGUGACAAAUCACUAGAGACAAUUCCAACUGUAGCUUCGUCCGUUGUGAAACCACUGGUCGAGUAUUCCGACGUGAGUAGUGAAGAUCUCUCCGAGCCUGAAGCAGGAGAGAUACAAUCGGAAGACAGUCGCGCCAACAGUUACACAGACGGGGAAGUACCUGAAUCGUUUCUUCAAAGACGAUAUUAUGGCGGUAGCCCAGUUCGCGCUCUCGGAGCAUCGCCCAUCAGCUUGUCUCCGUCACCGUCGGUUCAGCAUCGACACUCCAGUAGACAGUACUCUUUGUCGAACGAGCAACAACAACCUACGACGAUGCACGGCACGUCGCCGGAGUACGAAGAAGAAUCGAGACGAUAUGCUCGACGAAAGGAAAAGAAGCAUAAACGUGAGAAGAAGAAGAAAAGAAGUUUGAGUCCGUCGUCGAAUUCGGGGAAAAAGAAGAAGAGAAAAUCCAAGAGGCAUUCUCACAGCAUAAGUCCGCAUCAUACUGUUGGGGGGGAGGAAAUCGUUCAGAGCCCAAAUCGUGAGAAACAACCGUCGAUUGUCGUCUCCGCUAAUUGGUCAGAAUCACCACCAUUACCAUUGAAGGACAACAUGUCGCCCAUCUCACCCGCUACGCCGCGCGAACAGAGAUGUCCUAGUGACGACGUGGAACUGGAGAUGUCGAGGCAGACAUCUCGUAACGUGACACCACCAUCUCUUUCAUCAACGCGGCAGAUAGAAUCGCCGCACACACCUCUAAUGCCUCCAUGCGCCACGACGCCGGAGACUUUGAAUAAAGCCGCCGGACCUGUCGCUGUGCCAAAGCACAGCAGUCCUGAUCGGCAGAAACGUAGUCCCAGUGUCCACGUGAUGCGCCGUACCAGCGUUAGUCCUGGACCCGUUGGUAUAAACCGCAGGAGGCCACACAGCCCGAGUCCGCCGUCAAGACGAAGGGAUCACAGUCCACCGUCGCGAAGAAGAGACUUUAGUCCUACUCCGGUGCUCCAUAGACUUAGGCACAGCCCGAGCCCGGCCACCGUCAGACGACGAGAGUUUAGCCCGAGUCCCAGUAGUAGUAGUCACAGGCGACGAACGGAUAGCGGAAUUAUUUCUCCUAAACGUAGAAGACGAGACGAGUCCGAUCGACGUAGCCACCGGCUUCAUGACAAGGACAGAAGGGACAAGCGGAAAUCGAGAUCAACUAGGAGUCCCACUGGAAGCAGAUUACAUUUACCUUUGUCACGAUCGCGAUCACGCAGUCCAGGAAGAAACUGGCGAAAGCUAUCCCGUUCGAGAUCACGUUCGCGUCCCAGAAGAAGUCGAACCCCAAAGAGAUCGCGCUCGCCUAGCAAAUCCCGCAAGACCUCGAGGAAACUCAAAUCAAAGAGCCCGCGACCCAGAAUACCUUCUCCUUCUCCUCACAGAUCCCGGGCUAGAAGCCCGUCAAGCAUUACCGCUCGAAAUCUUCGAGUACAAGCGAAAAUCAGCGAGACUAGUCUGUUUGCGGAACUUGUCAAGGAUCGUAAUAUGAGGGAGUUGGCGUUCAAGAAGUUGCAGGCCGCAAAGGAAAAAGUCGGGAACCAAGAUGAGGUGCAAAUCAUAGAGAGUACCGAUGAGAAGGACGGUGAUGGCGGUAACGCGUCCUCCGAGAAUAAAGCUUCCACUGACAAUAAGGACAGAUCGCAUAUAAAUCACAAGGAGCAACUUGCAAAGGCUGGCGAUAGCGUAGUCGACGUUACCGAUAUUCCUGUUCCAACGAGUGACGACGGUGUUAUAACGUGCAAAACGCCACCAUUGCCACCAACUGGUGUACCGUUACCUAUUAAUCCAAUAUCUGCUGCGACGAAUCCGCUUGCGUCUCACGCAGGUGUGCAUACCUCGCCCAACCCACCCUCGAUGAUGUCCAACAGCAGCUGUCCGAUCGUCGUGUCACACAGCCCGAAUUUCCCGGCUCCCGCCCCUGGAGUGCAGCAACCACCGCCGCCGCCACCGCCGCCGCCACCACUGCCGCAAUCUACUGAAUCUGCAUCUACAGUCUUGACGUCACAAGUGCCCGUUCCUAUGCCCAUGUCGGUGCCGCCAAUCCCGCCGACACCGAUUCUACCCAACAUGUCUGUCCCACCGCCACCCAUUCCACCUAUUCCCGUUCCAGCGCCCAACACAAUCAUGUCCAAGUUUAAUCCACCCAAUAAUCUUGUACCACUUAAAUCUGUGGACCCUCCCAAGCCUCCCAUAGUAACGUUCACGACCAAAAGCUUAAAGAGAUUACCGAUGCCACCUGGCAUUAAUCAGAAUGAUUUGGAAAGCAUAGAUUCCCCACCGAGCCGUUCCCCGAGUCCUCUCAGCAAGACACAGUUAAAGUUCCCAGCGUCGACAAAGCCACUGCAAAAAAAGGGUAUCAAGGAUCUGCCAAUGCCGCCGGUCGUACCUGGAUCGGAAGACUUGAGCGGCGAGGAUGAUCCAAAUGCAACACCGCCGCGUUUGAAGGUCGAACGAGUGGCACCAAAGCCAAAAUUGAAAAGACCGAAAAUACUGAAACGCAGAGGAUCGCGAAACUGCCAUGCUCCUAUGUCGGCUUCCGGCGGCAAGGAUUGGGGUGAACGAUGCGUUGACGUAUUCGAGUUUAUUGCGCAGAUCGGAGAGGGCACAUAUGGACAAGUGUAUAAGGCACGAGAUAAACGAUCCGGUGUAAUGGUAGCUUUGAAAAAAGUUCGACUUGAAAACGAAAAAGAAGGCUUUCCUAUCACAGCAGUCAGAGAAAUAAAGAUCCUGCGACAACUCAAUCAUAAAAAUAUCGUUAAUCUUAGAGAAAUUGUCACUGACAAGCAAGACGCACUGGAUUUCCGGAAGGAUAAAGGUUCCUUUUAUCUAGUUUUUGAAUACAUGGAUCAUGAUUUGAUGGGUCUGCUGGAAUCUGGCAUGGUGGAUUUCAACGAAAUGAAUAACGCCAGUAUCAUGAAGCAAUUAUUGGAUGGCUUAAAUUAUUGUCACAGCAAAAAUUUUCUUCAUCGCGAUAUCAAAUGCUCAAAUAUCUUGAUGAAUAACAAGGGUGAAGUCAAAUUGGCCGAUUUCGGAUUAGCACGACUUUAUAAUGCGGAGGAUAGACAGAGACCAUAUACCAAUAAGGUAAUCACUCUGUGGUACAGACCCCCUGAACUUCUGUUAGGAGAGGAGCGUUAUGGGCCUGCGAUCGAUGUCUGGAGUUGCGGAUGUAUUUUGGGAGAAUUAUUUUCCAAAAAACCUUUAUUUCAGGCCAAUAUAGACAUGAUGCAAUUAGAGAUGAUUUCGAGGGUUUGUGGGACGCCCACUCCUGCUGUUUGGCCUUCUGUGAUAAAAUUACCACAUUGGCAUACACUUAAGCCAAAAAAACAGCAUAGAAGACGUCUAAGGGAGGAUUUCGCAUUUAUGCCAGGAGCAGCUUUGGAUCUCCUGGAUAAAAUGUUAGAAUUGGAUCCCGAGAAGCGGAUAACGGCAGCUGAUGCGCUUAAAAGUGCUUGGUUGAAAAACGUUCAGCCCGAACAGAUGCCAGCGCCACAGCUUCCGACUUGGCAAGAUUGUCAUGAACUCUGGAGUAAAAAGCGAAAACGCUUAUUACGGGAACAGCAAGAGAGCGCUGCAGCAAAGUUGCCUCCUCUACUUCCCUUUCCGAAUAAAGGAGGUCCCAACAAGGAUGAUCUGUCAGAUGUCGGGGGGUCCUCUAAACGACUAAAGAUGGAAGCAGGCUAUAAUUCACAUCCGAGCAGACUUGGCGCGGAAGUUCAUUACGGUGAAGAUAAUCUGUUUAAUCAGAGCGGACCGUACAUAGUGUCUACGCCAUCAUACUAUUUUAAUACUUCGCCGCCCAUUAAAUCACAGUCGAAUCUAAAGGGAGAUAAUCAACCAUUGGAAAUGUGUACCGAGGAUAAUCUUGCCCGAAGACUGAUGAUUCUCACGAACGCCUUGAAUCAGGGAAAACCAAUUCGAGUCGACGAUCUUCUCUCGUUGCGCUCAGACCAGAAUGAGUGUGAUUCCAAGGUGGGUCAAUUGUUGGCUGAUCUACGCGCGGAGCUUCGUCUCGUCGCAAACGCUCGACCAGGUGGACAGCUGGAUCCUCAUCUUCCUAUAUUGAACCCACCUCUUUUAGAUACAAAUGCGCCGCAUAUGUCAGGUAAUUUCGACGCACACGCGGUGUAUGCCGGCGAUGAUGCCGUGAGCUCUCACGGGCGAUGGUCUCAGCUGGCUACUGCUGGUGUUCGGAACGCUCUGUUGGCGCUCAUAUCGUAUCAUGGUCUGGAUAACACCUAUCCUGCUACUUCUGCGUCCGCUAUCGGUCGAUUACCGUCAAGUAAACCGCUCGGGCAGCCCAACUUGGCGCAGAAUCUUUUCCUGCCCUCGACUUCCUCGCAACAAUCCACUUUUAGUUCUUAAUGAUUUUACAAAGUCAUGCGGAACGUGACACCGUGUAUGUGUAUGUGUGUGAGUGUGAAAUUAGAAAAAAUUUAUAAAUCGCUAUUUUUCAAAUUAUGAUAGUGAGAG